AUGGAGAUUGACAUGGACCCAAUCAAACUUAAAAGUAAGCCUGCGCCAUUCUUCCGAAUGGAAGACUUGAGUAAGGUGAAUGUCACCAAUCAGAUAGAAGCGGACCCAUACGCACAAACAGAGCGAUCAACUACCAGCACUUCUACUAACCAGUCCACAACGAAACCUCCGCCAUCAACCACGACAUUCCCAGCCACCAACCCGCCACCCAAGAAGACUGCAACCACAGCGAUGACCCCAAGGCCUACAAUUACACCCCCUGCCGUGACCAAGCCGCCUGUGGUUAUACCAUCUUACGUGCAGAGCAUCUCUAAAGCAAAAUCACUGGAUCCCAUUGAACUUCACAUAACAACCAUAACCACACCUACUACUACCCCGGCGACACAGCCGAGGAUAACAACAACCCCUGUUCGCACUACAACCGUACGUCCUACGACGAAAAUCACUGCCCCUUCAUAUACCAUAACCACUACAACGUCCACCACAACCGCACCUACAACACCGACCACGACUGCGUCUCGGAAUGUUCCCUCUCCAGCGCCAACUACCACCACACUGCGGACCGUUCCUUCCACAACCCCCUUCAUCACCUCAACCAAAUCAACAAUUACUAUCCCCGCAAGCAUGGCUACAGUCUUGCAGACCAUCCCCACCCCCAUCAAGCCUAUUAUAAGUUACGAGAAACUAAUUCCACUACCUCCUUCAGUUUACAACAAUUUACCUCCACACAGGCACAUCAAACGGACCAACAAUCUCCUCACAUCGCCAGCAAGCGACGAUCACUUUGAUCCCAUCACAAUACGGCGAUUUGUACUUAGCAAAGAUGGUAUAAAGCCAAACCCGGAAAAGACCAAAGCAAUCGACGAUUACCCAACUCCAAAGAACCCCACUGAAAUCAAAGCGUUCUUAGGCAUGUGCUCUUUCUUCCGCCGAUUUGUGCACAACUUCGCCGCCAUCGCUGCACCCCUAACCGGCCUGACAAAGAAAGACGCGCCUUUCAUAUGGACGAUCGAAUGUGAAAACGCUAUGAAACGGCUCAAGGAAGCACUCACUACCGCUCCAAUACUUGUGGCCCCCAGGCUAGGAUUGCCUUUCGUCAUUGAGACCGAUAGCUCCGGGAAAGCAGUAGCUGGAGUUCUGAAACAAGAACAAGAUAACAACCUGAAAGUAAUCGCUUAUGCCAGUCGAACUCUCAAUGUGCAUGAAUCUCGCUACCCCGCCAUCGAGUUAGAAGCGCUUGGAGUGGUAUUUGCAGUGCAAAAGUUUCGCCCUUACAUCGACGGCGCAAAGUGCACUGUAAUUACAGACCAUGCUGCCCUCAAAGCUCUUCUACAUCGGAAAGAUCUAACCGGAAGACUAGCGAAAUAUCAGAUAAUCCUACAGGAAUUCGACAUAACCAUUAUGUACAGACCAGGAAAAGCGAAUGUCGUUUGUGACACUCUCUCCAGACAUCCUCCGCAAGUAAAUGCGGUACCCACCGAAAGCAAUAACAACAUUGACCUUUCGUCACCAGACAUUAUGGAUAAAAUCAAGGAAGAACAAAACAAAACCCCUUGGAUAGCAUCUUACAAACAAGCUAUAGAACAGAAUGAGCCAAAUCCAUACACCCGCGACUACAUUCUGUUGAACGAAAUCCUGUAUAAGUUGCCGGAAAAGUCACGCAGACAGGCAUACACGGUAUGCACGUCUCGUGCAAGGGAAGCAAGUAACACGACACUGGAAGCUGCGGAAGGAACUACCCCGGUACAACCAAGGACAACAGUUAGUUUGAAUUUAGGCAUCCACAGUUCUGUCACCAUCUGGAGCCAACAAGCAAUGCUGUUUGCUGCCAUUUUCCUCUCAUUGCCAAGUUUUCUCUUGGCUUGUGCUACGCUUCCGCCGGGGCGAGAAAGAAGAGAAACUCUCAAUGUGGUAAUGGACCAGCUUCCCGCAGAGUUCGCCCACGGCAGGGCACCUGGCGUAUCCGGGAACAAUAAUGCGGUAGUACAAAGGAUUCAAUCAGCAGUUAACAGAGCGUUAUGGGAAGUAAUCAAAUAUGAAGCCGCGAGACGCGGAAUUUCAGAGAGAGCAAUCCCCGCGAAUGCGGCCACAGCGAGUGUCUCAUACUCAGGCUUGUACUGCGCAGGACCAUUAAGCAUUCGCAAGCAACAAGGAGAUUCAAAGUGUGAAGCUGGUGGUAACUGUUGCGAGGUGUCAAAUGGGAUUGUCACGGCUAUAGUGAGUCCAGGGGCAGAUGACACCAGUUCGGUUCCGUCACAAUACAAGCGGGGCAAAGUUUAUCUUACGAUAGCAAGUGUUUACAUAGCCCGGCUACAGGGAAAUGAUUGGGUAAAUCUGGUGAGAAAUGUCGAGAAUAGACUGAGAGGCAACGGUGGCGGCUUCAGCCACAUCCGUCUAACCUGGUGA